AUGCCGCACGAAAUGGAGGAGAAUAGCGCUGAGGUCUCGGAUGUUAUGUCUGAGAACGAGGACGAGACGGAAACUUUUAUCAAAAACGACGACGAAAAGAUGGCAGACCAGAACAAUACUGAGGUCAAGAAGAAGUACGACCCAAAGGAUCCUUUACGUCCAAGAAGGAAAAAGGCUCGUAGGGCUUGCUUUGCCUGUCAACGGGCCCAUCUGACUUGUGGAGAUGAGAGACCAUGCCAGAGGUGCAUCAAGCGAGGUCUCGCUGAUGCAUGUCAGGACGGUGUUCGAAAGAAGGCCAAAUACCUUCACGAUGCUCCUCCAGAAGCUCUUCGGCCUGUUCUUGGCCCCAACUACAACCCCAAUACCAAUCCUACACCUCCACGACCCAACGCACAACGUCAGGAUUCGAAUGCGAGCCAGUCAGAUAGCUUGUCUGCGAACGGGAGCAACUUCUUUUCUCAAGCGAGCACAACGACUUUGCCGGUCUAUUCAACAGGCGCACAAACUCCUGUCGGUAUUGAGGGCCUCCCCUUUAAUCCUCAAGCUUCCCCAACAGCUUUCCAACCCCCAAUCGCCAAUCCGCACCCGCCAAUGAACAACAUAUUACCCGCCGGAAAUAUGGACUUUAAUGCCUUGUUUGAUCCCAGUAACCCUGCCCUGUACAACUUUGACCUUGAGGGCCUCAAUUUCGGUAGUCAGUAUGCAGGUUGGGAAUUCGGAAUUCUUAACAAGAUGGCCCUUGGGGCCGAGACACCACCGCGGGAGAACUCAAUGUCGCAAACUCCAACAACCGAGGCCAACUAUGCGGCUCUAUUCGGGAAUGCAAAUGGGAACGCGAAUGGCUUUGAUCAUCCCAUGUUAGGGGCUGACUUCUCGGGUAUGGACCAGAAUAAUCAGUCUCUCUAUGCACAGGGAAACCUCCAGCAUGGGUUACCCCACGCCUAUGCCAUUGCGGCUGGGCCUACAAGUCUUGCCAGCCCAAGUACAGAUGCCACAGCUAGUCCCCAUUCAGUCGCGGGCAUGGAAGGCUCACCAAACCACAAUUUCGCGGGUAUCCCUACAGUUCCUGGCGCGCAGAGACACAGGCCGAAGACUGCCAAGGCAGCACCGAAGUCAUACCUUGGCAAACGUCAAAGGGAUUCUGCCGCUAUCUACGAAAGCGUCAAGGAGCCCUAUCCUUACACCACCGGAUUUCACAAUAUGGUGGCUGUCUUGCGAAACCGUCUGCCUGCCAAUAAGCUAUUAAGAAUUGCCAAGGCCCUUGGAGAGAUUCGACCAUCAUUCAUAUCGUGUACCAAAGAUUUGACCCGGCAGGAUCUCAUUUUCAUGGAGAAAUGCUUUCAGAGAACAUUGGUCGAGUACGAUGACUUUCUGCAGCAUUGCUGUGCCCCAACAAUCGUGUGUCGAAGGUCGGGCGAAGUAGCUGCUGUUAACAAAGAGUUCAUCGCGUUGACGGGAUGGACAAAGGAGGUGCUGCUUGGGAAAGAGCCCAAUCUUAACAUCAAUACCUAUAGCGGUCGCUCGACCAAUGGGUCCAAUACGCCAGAUAACAAUACGCAGGGAGAUAUGCCCACGCCUCGCCCUCAGAAGGCUACACUUGACAACAGCAACGGGCGCCCUCAACCCGUGUUCCUAGGUGAACUUCUUGAUGAUGACAGCGUUGUCGAGUUCUACCAAGAUUUUGCCGAGCUGGCUUUUGAAGAUAGCCGUGGCAAGGUACAAAGAAGUUGUAGGCUCAAUAAGUACCGGUCAUCUCAGAGUCUGGACAUCAAAUCAGAACAUGGUGUCCCAAAAGACAUCCAACCGAGUAUUCUCAGCAGCCGAGUUACGCGCAUUGACAGCGAGCACGGCAUCUCAAGGAUUGAGAGAGAUGGCAAGGUCGAGUGCACCUACUGCUGGACCAUCAAGCGAGAUGUCUUCGACAUUCCCAUGAUGAUCAUUAUGAAUUUCUUGCCGCGAUAUUUACCGGACCAAGGGCCCCAGCAACUGGCGGUUUAG